GAGUACGGUGUGAGUGCAGCAGCAGCUCUGCGUAUUAGUGACUCAAAAGUGUUUUUUCAGUGAAAUUUUAAUUAUCAAUAGUGUCUGAAUUUGAAGAUUGAGUUUUUCGUAAUACUUGAAUAAUUCUGAGUGUCGUUUUCGUUCCCCUAUGUAUUUUGAAACUAACUACACUGGGUGUAUUGAAAUAAAAGUCUCUAGGCGAAUGCAAAAACGUUAUCUUUUUACGUGAUUCUACUUUCAACGGCAACACACCUACAAAUUCGAAAAAAAAAAUGAAUGCCUUCAAGAGCAGCCCCGCCUACGCCGAGGCCACGGAACGCCUCCGGAUGUUCUUCCUCCGAGGACAGGACGUCGAUCCCGUUUACCUGCGGGAAAAGGGUAUUCUGAAUAAGGUGUACGACGCCCAGUCAGAAGUUCACGUCAUCAAUAUACUGGGCUAUGCACUGAAUAAACCGUUUGCCGAUUUUAAACAACCGGCCCAGGAGCUGGACCAGCUGCUUCGUAGCGGCAAUAUUUGCAUGUAUGCGGAUGAAGCCAAAAAGCAGCUGGAAAAAGUUGUCCGGCAGAUGAAUAGCUUCCGGUUCGAGUUGAUUCCUUUGGUGGUGGUGGUCGAGCGUGAAAAAGAGCAACGGCUUUUCGAAACGCUGCUAGUCAAAGCUUACCAUCCCCUCAAUACGUUUCGCUACGUGGACAUCAGCGGAAGAAUCUACAACAGUCUUAGCCAUUUUCUGGACAAGAACAUGCUUCCACGUGGGUUCCUGUGCUACCCGAAGAACGGAGAAGUGGUCUUCGAUAAACGGUGCGGAUUGGCCGUGGAUUGCCAGCAAGUUGGGGAGGAAAACAACAGCAAAAUGUGUCGGGACUUACUGGUAGGGCUGGUCGGUGCCGCCGGAACGAUUGGGUCCAUUUUUGCGACCGGUGGUCUGGCCGCGCCGUUCAUGGUGGUGUCCUGCGGUUCGGCCCUAUACGCAACCGGGCGAGGAGUCGAGAAGCUGGUCGAUGCCAGCCAACACGGCUUGUCGGUGAAUCCAUUCGAGGACGCCGAAGCGCGCAACAACUGGCUGAUGGUGUCCGCGAAUCUGCUGACGUUCGCAUCGAUUGGUGCCGCCGCCGGGUUGGCCGCGGCCACGAAGAUGGAAAGUGUCACCGUCACGCAGCUCGGCCGGUUGGCGUUGGCCAAUCGGGUCAUCCGCGGGGUCAGCGCCGGGGUCAACGCCGUCACGGUGCUGGACUCGAUCGGUUUCGCGGUCGUCAACUGGAACCGGAUGAACAUCUACGAGAAGAUUUCGCUGGCCUGUUCCGUGUGCUUCUGCUUCCGGGAGGUAAUCAGCUUUGCCAACGCGGAACGUCUGAUCCGAGCCAGCCAGGUCGAGGGGCUGUGCAAUUUCUUCAGGGGAUGCGCCGUUUCGGCCGGAGGGGAAAUAUCCCACUAUGGGCAAAGUUUCGUGGCUAAGGUAAAGACGGUGUUCGAGAAUAACGACGAGUACCUGGAAAACGGCUUGGAACUCGUUCUGGCACUUGUGCGUGACAAGUUCCACGUGUCCGUUAGCGAUGACUUCGUGUUUAUCAAACUUUUUGGAUUCGAGUAUCAAAUCCGGAAUAUAAUUAGCAUGUCGAAAAGCGAGUUGAACAAAUUUUUGUACAUGAUUCAGGGCAUAGCGAGUUCUUUCAAAGACGCAUUCGCUUUGUUGAGGAAAAUGUUUGGUGAUGGUCCAAUCGCCAAAGCUGUCUUCAAGCGAGCUGAGGAAAGUGGUGGCAAUCGUGCCGAUUAUGGUAAAGCCAUUAAUGAGCUAAUCGAAAUUUUCAACCUGUGUCGUCAAAUCACUAACGACAUCACCAUUUUGACGGAUGCUGAAUUGAAAAUUGGUAAUGGGCAUCGUUUCACUAUUGGAACUGCCUUCAAUACUUUUAUCAAAGCUGGCCCAAUAAUGGGAAUGUCUCUUCUCCGAGCUCUGCUAGAGAUGAACCACAGAGAAACCGAAUGUCUGAACCGCUUCCGGAACCAGUGGGGAAGCAAAGAGGUUGAUAUAUUCAAGUACGUAACGCACGAAUCUGCCGACGGCGCAGCAAUUUUGGACAAAAUCCGUUUCCUUUUAGAUGUGUUUAAAACUUCCACGGAGGUUUCUCUCCAUAUUACGGAUCUGCUGCCAGCGGAACAGGUAGUCGAGGUUGAGGCCAUGGUUCGCAUCGGUUCCGACCUAUUCCGCCAAGCGGUAAAUCAAGAUCAGCUCCUAAAUCCGAAAAUUCUUCACAUUUGUAAAGUUGCUCUCGGUAAUCAUCGUGAGUUCAUACAAAGCAUGUGGAACAACACGUGCGUUCGCCCCGCAACCGAAGACAAAUCGUUCGAAAAGCUGGCCGUGCUCCAAGUUGCGUUCGAGUCCCGUACCGACUGCACCAUCCAGAACGUCAUCUCGUAUGUGUCGAGCAUGCAUUGUCCGGAUUUUUCCCGGUUCGUCACUCACUCCCUGUUCGCUUUGGACAGCAUGGACGCGCUAGUUCGCGAAACGAACCUUUCGGAAGUGGACGCCAACGGUGUUUUGUUUUCGGAUUUGGCUCCUCUGCGAUCUCGCUUCCAGGAGCUUACCACCCUGGCUAAAGAACUCUCCCUCGGUGGCUAUUUCCCUGUGGACGAUGAGCUGUUGAAUGCCGAGCAAGGACCGUUAGUUGCGGCCCUCAAAGACCUAGCAUCGCAGGGUUCUCUCCACUUUGGAACGGGGGAGAACGCCGCACUCCACCUGAGCAAGUACCCCAUGCUCCGGCUUGGUCAGAAGGAACUCCAGAAGUACAACAGAUUCAUCGCCGAGAAGAAGUUUGACCGGGAAGAAGUUCAACCCGCCUACGAUGGUAAGCGGAUGGUGCUUCUGGGCAAUGAACAGCUGACGAUCGUAGUCGGCGUGGUUCGAGGAGCAGGUGCUUACAUCGACACGUUCAGAUUCACUCACAUGGAUUAAUACUCUACUUGAACCCUACUACAUUCAUUUGAACGUACUAUUAAGUUUUUAACUUAUAUAGGUGUAUAUUUUACACUUUUACAUGAGUGAGAGAUAGGUGCUUAUAUAGGCUGCCUAUAAUCGCAUAGCAAAUCCAGUAAAUAUGAGACUGAUAUGCGAUCAUGGGCAGUAUACACACGAUAUGCUAUUAGCGGUAUUUGCCCAUAUCUGCUAGGGUUCCAAUUUUAUACCAGUAGCGUACUAAUUUUACCUACUUAUCUGAGUACUUUUCGCUGCUACAAAUAUCGGUGGUCAUUACACCAUACGGCAGAGGUACUCCACAAGCAUUGGACUUGUUAACAUUUUUAUUAUUCUUCAUUUGAAGGAUACAAAACUUGGAAGAAUACAAAUCUUGUGAGAAUGGCAUCGUCUUGUAUUUUCUGCUGAAAAUUUUAUCGAAAAAAAUGUGGAAUUUAAUACAUUUAACAGCCAGAAUGCUAUUGGCGAUUUAUCCUAGAUGUUAAUUAGUUGUAAGGACUUUAUUUCGACACAAUUCUGCUAUAAUUAUGCACGACUGAUCAAGCAAAAUUUAGUUUAGAAAAAUACGACUAUACGUGGCUAUACUCAACAACCAGUGUGCCUUGAUAAGAAGUAAUAUAUUGAAAGAUAAUUAUAAA